CAUAGCCCUGUCUCUAAAAAGUAGAGAAACCAUCAGUUUUCUUUUCUUUUUACACAGCAGUUUGAACACGAUGGCAUCUUCAGUGUUUGCUUUCUGUCUCACUUGUCUGUUUUUGGGGAAAAUAGCUCAGACGACUGCUCUGACAUUCUCCUCGUCCGGUUAUGAAGAGAUUGGUUUUGUAUCAGCAAGUGUUGGAGACAAUGUGUCUUUGCACUGUUUCUAUGAAGGCGAUAUUGCAGCAAGACUUUACUGGUACAAACAACCUCUGGGACAGAAACCAAGGCUCAUUUCUACCUUCUACAUGUAUGAUAAAAAUGGCACUUUUUAUGGUGAAUUCGAGAACAAUCCACGCUUCAUACUGGAUACUGAAAAUGGUAAAAAUUACUUGACAAUCACAGAUUUGCACCUUUCAGACUCAGCUACUUACUACUGCAUAAGUUGCUUUUUAUACACAUUAGACAUUUCUGAGAGCAUUAUUGUCAGUGUAGAGGGUUCAGGUUUGAACAUCCCAGCUUCGGUCCAUCAGUCAGCAUCUGAGAGCAUCCAGCCAGGAGGCUCUGUGACUCUGAACUGUACAGUACACACUGGGACCUGUGAUGGAGAACACAGUGUUUACUGGUUCAAAACCUCUGAAGAAUCUCAUCCAGGACUCAUUUACACCCAUGGAGGCAGGAAUGAUCAGUGUGAGAGGAAACCCAACACACAAACACACACCUGUGUGUACAACUUGCCAAUGCAGAGCCUGAAUCUUUCUCAUGCUGGGACCUACUACUGUGCUGUUGCCUCAUGUGGACACAUACUGUUUGGAGACGGGACCAAGCUGGACAUUGAAGAUGAGGCUGACUUGCUGUAUUUCUGGAGAGGAGCGUCAGCAUUCACCACCAUCCUGGUUGUUUUACUGGCUUUCUCAGUGUGCAUGAUGAACAAAGGAAACAGUUGCCAAUCUUCAGAAUCUCAAACCAGAUCACCAGCUCCCUCCACAGCAAAUACAGAGCAGGGUUACCAACAUGCAGACAACCUCUAUUAUGCUGCUUUAAGCGUCAAACUGACAAAGAGAUCAAGAAGACAGAGGGAUCCAACCUGGAGUGAGUGUGUGUACUACAGCGUAAAGAAGUAGAAGUGGACAUAUCACAUUUGUAGUUUUGAUUCUGAGUAAGACAGCAUUUUCUGUGUGCCUCUUUUGAGUUGUAAUGUAGAUUUGGAUGUAAGUUUGAGAUCAAUUUUGUGGUCUGCAGAUAAAAUUAAAUUGCACUGUACUAAAGACAACCUUAUAAUUUGAGAUACAAAGCACAAAAGCAUCACUAAUAUGUACAUCAGUGAUGCUUUUGUGCUUUGUAUCUCAAAUUAUAAUGCUGUCUUUAGUACAUACAAGUUAAUUACAUUUUUGACAUAACCAGUAUAUGUAAGUCUCUCAUGGUCUUUCAUGAUCAAGACAGUCCCAUACUUUCUUCAUUUAUCCUUAUCACUUUUAAACCAAAACCUGCAAGUGUUAAUGUAUGUGAAUUUUAUGUUGUAAUGAUCAAAUAAAAAAGAAAGUUACUUGUGUA